UAUACCCUUACAUUAGCUUUUCAAUUCAUAAUCAACCAAAUCUCUAAGACUCAAAAUACAUACCCUUAUAAGUUGUAAGGAAAAAAGCCCUUAAAAUAGUCAUACAUAAUGUAUCAUUCUAAAAGCAUAAUAUAUAUCUUAAUCACUCUUUACAUGCUUGCCUCCACAUCUCUAGCUCGCCACUACGGCUUCGACCAAGGCAAAGAAGUGACAAAGGAAAGUACAACCCCAACUAACCAAGAUAGUGUGGGCACCCCAACUGGAUCCGUCGGAUCCGAGCAUGGCCCCAAUUGGGAUUAUGGAUGGGGAUGGGGAGCCGGGCCCAAGAGUGGUUGGGGUUAUGGAUAUGGAUCAAGCCAUUCCCCUACAGGGUUUGCUAGGGGUUAUGGAUUUGGGUCUGGAUUCGGAUCUGGAUCUGGGUCCGGAUAUGGAUAUGGAUCAGGAGGAGAUAGUGCGAGUGGAUAUGGGUCUGGUCAUGGAUCUGGAGGAUCUCAAGGAGGAGGUGGAAGCCCUUCAUACCAUGGCUAAGAGUAAUUUCCUUAAGUAAUAGCUCCAUCAUGUUAUAAUAUAUAUACUCUCUUUCUGUCACUUUAAAUCUGUUGUAACGUAACAAGUUUAAAGAGACUCACAAGAAUUAUGUUUAGGAAUAAUAUUAGUAUGUUAUUAUGACUAAGUUAAUAGUAUAAUGUUUGAGCUUUCUAAAUCAAUACAUGUGAUAAAAUGCAUGUGUAUACAUGAAUCUUGUUGUAUUGCGUUUGGUUAGAGUACAUAAUGAUGAAAAUGUUGAUCCAUCACUA